AUGCUCGCCACGUCACAGCCAGGUGACCACUGCUACGGUUCACAGGCAAGCCAAUACUCGUCCGCUGGUACUUCAGGCCCCCUGGAGGCCGUCUUCACGGUUACAUCUACCCCGACAGCUACCAACCCAGCUGGGUACGGCCGUAUCUUUUUCGAAGAGACGAUCUCUCCCCAACGCGAAGAUCCCUACACACCCAUAUCGAAAUACUCCGACCGUCCUGUCGCCUUGGCUCCCUCUCCUCCAUAUGAUGAGUCGUCUCGGCAAGCCACUAUAUCCGUCCCCGUCACUGAUAACUCAUAUGUUGCGAACUAUGUGCGUCCCGUUCUAGAAACUCCACAGAGUGACGAUGCCCCUGAACGAUGGCAUGGCUGGCAGGCCACACCAACCGACCGCCCGUCACAUAUUAACUACAAUCAAUUUGCCUCACCGGCAGCUUCCCCAUUUCCCAUCACUCCUCAACAAGAACCAUCGUCGAAAUUACCACCCUCGACAGUGGAGCCGAUAAAGAAGAAGAGGAAGCGUCGAGGCCCGGAACUAAAUGGGGCAAAUCCACCACACGCUUUCCACCCUCGUUCCCCCCAGCAACCUAAUGACAUUCCUAGAGCCGGAGGAGGCUCUACCUACUUCAAGGACGAGGCAGCUCGCCAGCGAGCCCUGGAGCGGAAUCGUCUGGCUGCCAACCGCUGUAGACACCGUCAACGCCGUCACGCUAAAGCCCUGUCAAGUGUCGAAUUUGAGGUCGAGGACAAACACAAGUAUCUGUCCGGAUACCUCCAAUCCCUGAGCAACGAGGUGUUAGAUCUCAAGUCAGAGUUACUCCGCCAUACAAACUGCAACUGCACUCUUAUCCGGACGUACCUCGGCUACGAGGCAAUGGCAUCCGUCAACAACAAGGUUGGGGCUUACCCGAGCUAUGGCACCAACGCCGCCAGCAGCACGAUCGAGUGCCUAGGCCUUCAGAGCUCGGGAGCCAACAACGGCCCGAGCCUUUGGGGAAACCCCCACCAACCACAACUAAGUCUCUUCGCACCGGCAGUUCAUUCACAUUCCGCGGAUUUUGUAACGGUUUCUAAUGCGAUUGGUUCAACAGAGCCCGCCGCGCCGAACGCAACUCAAUUGCCACUUCAACAAGUAUUCAUCACGAACAGCAAUCCCUACACCACGCCUGGGGUUCAUCGGCAAUCUCCUUACAACAACGGGUUGUGGGGGCCUCAAUAA